UUUAAUGGAUUAGAUCGUCUAAAUAUUGAACAACCAUCAAAUACUCAAAGAAACUCAAAUUAAUCACUCAACGAAAAAAACUCAAAUCAGAUGAGCUCAUCUAUGUCGACAGGGGCCAUUGUUGAGCUUCAAAGAAACUCUUCCAAGUGGUCUACAAUUGUAGAAAGCAUUACAAAACUUGAGAGAAAGAUCUUCCCCAAACAUGAAUCACUUUCCAAAUCCUUUGAAGACGAACUAAGAAAAAAGAACUGUGGAUUACUUUACGUGGAGUUUGAUGGAGAUGUUGCAGGCUAUGUAAUGUACUCAUGGCCUUCUUCUCUUUCCGCUUCUAUCUCAAAGCUCGCAGUUAAGGAGAAUUUUCGGAGGCGAGGAUAUGGAGAGGCACUGCUAAAAGCAGCGAUUGAGAAAAGCAGAACGAGACAUGUGCAACGAAUAUCUCUUCAUGUUGACCCAUUGAGAAAUCCUGCUGUUAAUCUUUACAAGAAACUGGGUUUCAAAGUUGAUAGUCUCAUUGAAGGUUACUAUUCAUCUGAUCGAAAUGCCUAUAGAAUGUACUUGGAUUUCCACCCCCAAUAGUGUGCAGCUACAAAUUCAACUCAACAGAUCAACCUCUGCUUAAGAAACAAUACAGCUUCUCAGUUGGUUGAUUUAAUUAAGCUAUGUUUGCUACGAGCAUUGUCAAAAAUAAUGUUACUAUAACAAUUGAACUUGGUCUUGUUGUAAUAACAGACUACUUUUGUUCCAUAUGGAAACAUAACAAAAUUAUGAUCACAUAAUCACAUUCACGUUCUAA